ACAGUGGAUUGAAUGCCGUCCACUCUCUCUCUCUCUCUCUCUCCCUCCUUUGUUUCCUUCUUCAUUAAGAUCGGAAGUUGCCGCGUUUCCACAAAGCCACACGCGAUCAAAUUCCAUCGCUCUGUGUCUGUCCCCCCCAAGGGCGGUGAAGUGAGUCGCAAUGCCGAGCCGAUGCGAGAUCUUCUGCGAGGUCCUCAUCGCUAUCUUGCUUCCCCCUCUGGGCGUCUGCUUCAGGCAUGGUUGCUGCAGCGUUGAGUUCUGGAUCUGCCUGUUGCUGACGAUACUGGGUUACGUCCCAGGAAUCAUAUACGCUCUCUAUGCGAUUGUAUUUGUCAACCGCGAGGAGUUCUUCGAUGAGUACCGGCGUCCACUUUAUGCCGCCUAGCAUUUCUUGAUUUUCACCAUCUUUGGCCUUUGUAUGCUGUAAUUUGACGGUUUAGUACUGUGCCCAUUUCACUGUAUACUUGGCCAAGAAUAACGUUGUGUUGAAUUGAUGUGACUAUUAAUGUGAUAUUUCUUGUUCCA